CUGCGCUUCCGCUUUUCUUCCUGUUUUGCUCAGGCUUCGGGUGGGAGGAGGUCCCGGGUCGCCGCGUUUAGGCGGUCUUCUAAGGCCAGCGCCGGUGCAACAACACGGGGGAGCAGCGGCUGUCAGUAUUUUCAAAGUUGUCUACAUCUUCCGAAGGACAAUACAAAAUGAACAAGAUUGAACAGAAAUUCCAGGGAUCAUUGUCAUUUAAGGAUGUGACUGUGGGCUUCACCCAGGAGGAGUGGGAACACCUGGACCCUGGUCAGAAAUCUCUGUAUAGGGACGUGAUGCUGGAGAACUACAGCAACUUGGUCUCAGUAGGGUAUUGUGUUACCAAACCAGAGGUGAUCUUCAGGCUGGAGCAAGGGGAGGAACCAUGGAUACUCAAGGAAGAGUCCUCAAGCCAGAGCUACCCAGCCACUUACUGCUGCAGAUCUACAUUCUCCUACCUGACCCAAAUCAAGAUGCCCUUAAGGUCACAGGUGACUGAUACCCAUCCACAGGAUCAGCUGAAACUGCAGACCUCCAUGCUGCAAUCAAAUAUUCAAAUAUUUCCCAACAAAAAGCAGAUACAACAAAAGUCAUUAAAAGACAUUUGGAAAGCUGAUCAUCUGAAAGAGAGGAACCAAGAAAACAAACCUACACAUUUGUGGGAAGUUGUAGUCAUGAAUAACAAAAUGCUGACUAAGGUACAAGGUAAUGUUGUAGGAAAACCAUUUAACUUGGACAUAAAUUAUUUUCCUUUGAGAAAAAUAUUCUGUCAGUGUAACUCAUGUGAAAUGAGUUUCAACAGUAUUUCAAAAUUGGUUUUCAGUAAGAACAACUAUUUAGGAAAAAAGCCUAAUGAAUUUAAUGCCUGUGGAAAAUUUCUACUCAGUAUUAAGCAGGAAAAGACUCAUACUAAAGAGAAAAGUGAAUGUUUUACCAUUAGGAAAACCUUCACUCAUCAUGAGGAUCCUAUGCAGCAUGAAAAGAUUCAAACUUCAGAACAAAAUUUUGAAUAUAAUACAUGUCAGGAAACCUUCCUUGAAAAGUCAGUAUUUAAUACACACAAGAAAGAGAACACAGAGGAGAAUGGCUGUGCAUAUAAUGAAUACAGCAGAAGUUUCUGUGAUGGGUCUUCCCUCUUGUUCCAUCACAUACCUCCCUCAAAAGAGAGUCACUAUGAAUUUAGUGAUUGUGAGAAAUCCUUACAUGAGAAGUCUACCUUUUUGAAACAUCCUGGGGUACAUAUGAAACACUAUGAAUACAAUGAGAGUGGGAAUAAUUUCAGGAAGAAAUUAUAUCUGUCACAAUUUGAGAAAGCUGAUAAAGGAGAGAAACACUUUGAAUGUAAUAAAUGUGGGAAAGCUUUCUGGGAGAAACCACAUCUCACUCGUCAUCAGAGGGUCCACACAGGAGAGAAACGUUUUCAAUGUAAUGAAUGUGGGAAAACAUUCUGGGAGAAGUCAAACCUCACUAAACAUCAGAGGUCACACACAGGGGAAAAACCUUAUGAAUGCAAUGAAUGUGGGAAAUCAUUUAGUCACAAGUCAGCCCUCACAUUACACCAGAGAAUACAUACAGGGGAGAAACCCUAUCAGUGUAAUGCAUGUGGGAAAACUUUUUACCAGAAGUCAGACCUCACUAAACAUCAGAGAACACACACGGGGCUGAAACCGUAUGAAUGUUAUGAAUGUGGGAAAUCCUUCUGUAUGAAUUCACACCUUAUAAUACAUCAGAGAACUCACACAGGUGAGAAGCCCUUUGAGUGUUCUGAGUGUGGGAAAUCCUUUUGUCAAAAGUCACAUCUUACACAGCAUCAGAGAACUCACACAGGGGAUAAACCCUAUGAAUGUAAUGUAUGUGGGAAAACUUUUUACCACAAAUCAGUACUCACCAGGCAUCAGAUAAUUCAUACAGGGUUGAAGCCUUAUGAAUGUUAUGAAUGUGGGAAAACAUUCUGCUUGAAGUCAGACCUCACAGUACAUCAGAGAACUCACACAGGAGAGAAACCUUUUGCAUGUCCUGAAUGUGGGAAAUUUUUCAGCCAUAAGUCAACCCUCUCUCAACAUUAUCGAACACACACAGGGGAGAAACCCCAUGAAUGUCAUGAAUGUGGAAAAAUAUUUUACAAUAAAUCCUACCUAACCAAACAUAAUAGAACACAUACAGGAGAGAAACCCUAUGAAUGCAAUGAAUGUGGGAAAACUUUCUGUCAGAAAUCACAACUCACUCAGCAUCAGAGAAUUCACAUAGGGGAGAAACCCUAUGAAUGCCAUGAAUGUGGAAAAGCUUUCUGCCAUAAGUCAGCUCUAAUCGUGCAUCAGAGAACCCAUACAAAAGAAAAGCCCUAUAAAUGUGGUGAUUGUGGAAAAUCUUUCUGUGUGAAGUCAGGACUUACUUUACAUCAGAGAAAACACACAGGGGAGAAACCGUAUGAAUGUAAUGAAUGUGGGAAGUCCUUCAGUCACAAAUCAUCCCUCACAGUUCAUCACAGGGCUCACACAGGAGAGAAAUCUUGUCAAUGUAAUGAAUGUGGGAAAAUUUUUUACCGUAACUCAGACCUUGCUAAACACCAGAGAUCACACACAGGAGAAAAGCCCUAUGAAUGUAACACAUGUGGAAAAACCUUCUCUCAAAAGUCAAAUCUCAUUGUACAUCAGAGAACACACACAGAAGAAAAACAUUUUGAAUGAAAUGAAUAUUAGAAAUGUUCAGCUACAAGUCAGCCUCCAUGACACUCUAAGAAUAUUAAGACUAUGGAGGAAGCUCUGUUGACAUUGUAAAUGUUCAGUAACCAUCACAAACUGGCUUUAUUUUACUCCAAAGUAAUGAUAGGGAUAAAUCCAUAGACUACCAUAAUUAUUUGUUGAGAAGUGAUAUUCCAUUGAAUGUUAGGUGGUUAAUACUCGUAUAAAACCUUACAGAUUUUGUGAAUUUGUGAAAGCUUUUGGCAAAAAUACAGUCAGGAUUGUGUCAGGGGAGAAAUUUGCCAAUUUAAGAAAUAUAAAUUGAAAAUUUUGCUUAGAAAUAAUAUAUUACAAGUUGUGUUUGGGGUUUGAUGUCAUAGGAAUCUUUAGGAAACAUUACAAACAGUAUUUUGUGUGUGUGUGUGUGUAUAUAUAUAUAUAUGGUGGAAUGCAAAGCUUUAAAACUUUAAAAGUAUUUUCAAAAGUUUUUAUUAACAUUUAACAAAUAAAAAACAUAGACUUACAAGAAGUUGUAAUAAGAGUACCGAGAAUUCCUAUAUGCCCUUUACCCAGAUUCCUCUAAUUAUAAUAUCUUACAUGUUCAUAGUAUAUGCUCAUAUAGAAGAAAUUUUGAUGAUACCAUGCCACUAAGAUACAGACGUUAUUUAGAUUUCACCAGUGUUUACAUCGACCCUUUGUGUGUGUGUAGUUAUAUUAAUAUCAGGUUUUACCAGCUUAAGAAUUGAGUAACCAUCAACAAAACUAGGCUACAGAACUAAAAAAGAUUCUGGGAUCUAUAUUGCAUCAAGAUUCACAAAGGAAAUUAGGAUUAACUUUCAGGAAGUUUCCUUGUAUUAAUAACCACACCCUUUCUGCAACCCGACACCCAGCAACCACUUUAAUAUGAAACUUUUUAAAAGCAUUGAUAAAUAGAAUAAUCAGAGCAAUAAUAUUAAACACAUAUUAAUUGUCCCUGAGGUAUAUAGGACUUAUGUAUGUAGUAAUGGUUCUAUAUAUAUAUUACAUUUAUUUCAUAGGUAUGAUGGAACUUCACAUAAUUGUGAAUAGGAAGUAGGUAUCCUUGGGUUAAUAGUUCUUAUAUCAGGCCCAUCCCUUCUUCCUAAGGCUCUGGAGCAACAAUUUAAAAGGAAACUCACAGAGAUAAUGUCUAACCAUUUAAAAGUUAUAAGUCAAAAUAUCAAAAUGUUAAAAAAAAAAAAAAGGCAUUCUGUUCAUGUGAAGAUUUA